UGCUCAAUUGCAGUAGUCUUUGCAAAUAUUUUGGGACAUCAACAUGGAUCGCAGCAGUCGUCAGACCGUAAUACUCGCGCUAGUGAGUGCUUUGCUUAUCAGUGGCAGUCAAGGUGGAAAUAUUCUCGGAGUGUUUACGAGUACAAGUCCCUCGCAUUUAAUCGUACAAAUGUCGAUGAUAAAAGUUCUGGCUGAAAAUGGGCAUAAUGUGACCGUAAUAACGGCUCUGAAACCUGUAGUGACUCACAAGGAUAUUACUGUUAUCCAAGUUCCUUUGAGCGAGGAGGAUAAUAAGCAGAUGAGUGCCACUAUUGCGCAAUUUGCCAGCCAGGACAAUAGCAAUAUGAUUGCUACCAUGUUCCGAUCGAUGGAUCAAAUGAAAUUUAUGAUGGACAAGAUGCGGGAUAUCAUGAGAGAUCAGCGUGUGAAGGAUCUAUAUGAGAACAAGGACAACAAGUUCGACCUAGUUAUGUUGGGCUACUUCCUUAAUACUUAUCAACUGGGAAUUUCACAUAAAUUCAAAGCUCCCGCUAUAGUAGCAGCCUCAAUGCCGCCAAAUCAAUUAUUUGAUGGCAUAGUAGGGAAUCCCUCAUCGAUUUCCUAUCUGCCCUCAAUAGGUGUGGCUGUAGAGAAAGGUCAAGCGAUGACGUUUGUGCAACGAAUUCAAAAUUUAUUUGCAAAUGCUGCCUUGGAAGUACUUUUUGCAAUACUGGAGAUCUAUAAUGUUAACUCAUACAAACUAGUUUAUGGCGACGAUCCGACUAUGCCCCCCUUCGAAGAGAUUGGCAAGAAUGUAUCACUUGUUUUCUUCAGUUCUCAUGCUCUUAGUGAGGGACCCAUCAGACCCAAUGUUCCAUCAGUUAUCGAAGUAGGUGGCAUUCAGAUAAAGGACAAACCGAAUCCGUUACCCAAACAACUUGCCGAGUUCCUAACCAAUGCUGACAAUGGUGCUAUUCUCCUCUCGUUGGGAUCCAAUGUAAAGAGCUCACACCUUAAACCUGAAACAAACAACAAAAUAUUCAAAGUACUGUCGAAGCUGAAACAACGUAUCAUUUGGAAAUGGGAAGACCUCGAUAAUACUCCCGGCAAAUCGGAUAAUAUUCUAUACUCGAAGUGGCUGCCACAGGAUGAUAUUUUGGCCCAUCCCAAUAUUACACUCUUUAUCACACAUGCGGGAAAAGGAGGCAUAACAGAGGCGCAGUAUCAUGGAAAACCAAUGUUAGCGCUUCCCAUAUUUGGUGACCAACAUAGCAAUGCUUUGAAAAUGGUGAAAGAUGGAUUCGGUCUCAGUUUGAGUCUGCUGACUCUCGAAGAACAACCCUUCCAAGAGAGUCUGACUGAGCUUUUGGAGAAUCCACAGUAUAGUGAAAAAGUGAAGACCUUCUCUGCUUUAUAUAGAGACAGACCCAUGUCUGCUAGACAGACUGUUCUUUACUGGUCCGAGUAUGUGAUGCGUCAUCAUGGAGCCCGUCAUCUGCAGAGUCCUUUGAAGCAAAUGAACUUUAUUGCGUCCCAUAACUUGGAUGUGGUUGCCUUACUUGUAACAGUAGUAAUUGUUUUUAUCUAUAUAAGCAAGUUAACUAUCACUGCAAUUAUCAGAAAGCUCAAGGGAAAGCCAGAAAGCAUUGAUAAAAUCAAAAAACAUUUGUGUUUGCAAUUAUUUUGGGACAUCAACAUGGAUCGCGGCAGUCCCCAAACCGUGCUACUCGCUCUACAGAGUGUUUUGCUUAUCGGCGGCUGUCAAGGUGGAAAUAUACUGGGAGUAUUUACAAGUAUAAGUCCCUCACAUUUGAUUAUACACAUGUCGAUGGCAAAAGUUUUGGCUGAGAAUGGUCAUAAUGUGACUGUGGUAACAGCUCUAAAACCUUCUGUCAAUCACAAAGAUAUCACUGUAGUACAGAUUCCCAUGACCGAGGAGGAGCACAAAAGAAUGAGUGCAACAAUGUCACAACUUGCCAGCCAAGACAACGGCAAUACGGUUAUUUCCAUGUUUCGUUCAAUGGGUCGUAUGCAAUUUAUGAUGGACAAAAUGCGGGAUAUCAUGAAAGAUCAGCGUGUGAAGGAUCUUUACGAGAACAAGGACAAUAAGUUCGAUUUAGUAUUGUUGGGCUACUUCCUCAAUACUUAUCAAUUGGGAAUUGCACACAAACUAAAAGCUCCCGUUGUGAUAGCAGCCUCUAUGCCGCCCAAUGAAUUAUUUAAAAGUAUUGUUGGGAAUCCAUCAGCAGCUUCAUUUGUUCCGUCAAUGAAUAUGGCAGUCGAAAGGGGUGAGGUGAUGACGUUUGUGCAACGAAUUCAAAACUUCUUCACAAAUAUUGCCAUGGAAGUAUUUAUUGCAAUUAUUGAGAACUAUAACGCCAACUCAUACAAAGAGAUCUAUGGCGACGAUCCAAAUAUUCCCGCCUUUGAAGAGUUGGGCAAAAAUGUGUCGCUCGCUUUUUUCACCUCACAUGCACUCAGCGAGGGACCCAUUAGACCCAAUGUUCCAGCAGUUAUUGAAGUGGGUGGCAUUCAGAUUAAAGACAAACCGAAUCCGUUGCCCAAAAAACUUGGUGAGUUCCUCAGUAGAGCUGACAAUGGUGCUAUUCUGCUCUCUUUGGGAUCUAAUGUGAAAAGCUCACAUUUAAAAUCUGACACAAACAUCAAAAUUUUCAAUGUACUGUCGAAGCUAAAACAACGAGUUAUUUGGAAAUGGGAAGACCUCGAUAAUACUCCCGGCAAAUCGGAGAAUAUUUUAUACUCGAAAUGGCUGCCUCAGGAUGAUAUUUUGGCCCAUCCUAACAUUACACUCUUUAUCACACAUGCGGGAAAAGGAGGCAUAACAGAGGCGCAGUAUCAUGGAAAACCAAUGUUAGCGCUUCCUAUUUUUGGUGAUCAGCCUAGCAAUGCUUUGAAAAUGGUGAAAGAUGGAUUUGGUCUCAGUUUGAGUCUGCUGACUCUUGAGGAAGAGCCCUUCAAAGAGAGUCUGACUGAACUCCUGGAGAAUCCACAGUAUUCACAUAAAGUAAAGACUUUCUCCGCUUUGUAUAGGGAUAGACCUAUAUCUGCACGAGAAAGUGUUCUUUACUGGUGCGAGUAUGUAAUGCGUCAUCAUGGAGCCCCUCAUCUUCAGAGUCCGUUGCUGAAAAUGAAUUACAUAGAGGCCAACAACUUGGAUGUUCUUGCAUUGCUUGUUGUGAUAAUAAUUGUUCUUAUCUACAUUAGCAAGUACGUGAUAUCUGCGAUAAUAAGAAAGCUGAAGGAAAAACCGAAAAAUACUAAUAAAAUAAAAAACAAGUAAGAAAGCUACAGUCGA